AUGAGAUUCCAACAACAAACGAGAGGCCAGCACGCUUCCAGAGUCACCGACGAUGUGCCAAAGGACCCGCGGAUGCUCACGAGAAAUCUCACAAUCGAACAUGCCGGCGUGGUGAGGAACAUCGGCGACUGCCCGCUCACCAUCAGGAGGUCGGUCAGCGCGUGGAGCGUUGCCGAGUCCCAGCAAAACCCGUACUACCAGAAUCACCCGCAUGCGUUUCAAGCCUAUGACGAGAAGGGGGCCAACACACCCAGGUGCCACCUUUUGUCACCGCAGUCUAACGCCGAAAACGACAUCGCACUAGAGACUGCACACAACAGAAGGGAGCUGUAUGCCGACUUGUCAGUGGAUGACGCCGGGGAAUUACGCAACAGGCCGACCAUUUCGCUCGCCGAUCUUAACGACGGAGUAGAUUUCGAGGCUCUGCUGUACGGUCCGCUGAAUGACGAAAAGCUCAAGCCGGUUCACCAACGCUCCAUAAGCACCGCCGACAAUUGCCGCUUCGAGCAGCCCCGACCCGUCUGGCAUCUAUUCAACGCAAUCGCUUCGGAUGAGGUCUACAGGAAGGCCGAGGACUGGGGGAUUGACCGGUCCAUAUACACCAGGUAUGCCAGGUCGGGGUUCUUCGCAGACUGUUACGUGGCCGACUCGAUGCACCACGGGGAGUACCUCAGCGUCACAGAUUGUGAGGAAUUCGCGGAGUGCAGAAUUCCACUUAUUGUAUGUAUCAUAUCCACCAGUCGCCAAGCAAGACAGAAUGAAGUGCAGAGGGGAAUCGUGCCGCUGGCAGUCCACAUCCUCGACAGGUACAUCGAGAAACACAAGCACUCGAUGGCGAGGCUUAUUUCAAUCGCCUUUGCGCACGUAGAUGGCACGUCGAGCGAAAACAGCUCCAAGCAAGCCUCGCUGGCCUCCAGCAUCAACGCCUCUGACGCAGCUGCCCUGGAUACGGCAGCCGUUGCCAAACAUCUCAAGGCAAAGUAUAGACAUGACAACCUCAUCAAGCUGUGUUUCAACUUCUCGCCUGAAAAAACGCGACGGGAAAACACAGCACUGGAUGGGCAUACCGACACUUUUCACGACUUCGGCUGCCACAACCUGGACACUGACUCCUGUUACGAAGACGGUAGCGAGUACGAUGAAACAACGCAGAAGUACAAUUCAGCGUCGGUCAUGAAGGCAGAUGUCGUAUACAACUUCGUGGCUGCAGCGUGCUUCUUUAUCGCCGACAGAUACAACGGACUCUCAAACACGUCCGUCAAGGCCCUGCUGGUCAAGUGGGAGUCCACAUGCCUCGUAUACACAAAAACAAGGCAUGCUGGCAGAUAUAUCCGCGAAAACAGAGCGAUGGCGCUUUCCAUCAUCAUGUCGUUUAUGUUCGACAUUUACUUCGUCCUGGAGUACAAGCUCACCACGCCGUUCCCGUGCCACAUGGUGCAAGAUCUCAUACUCUCGACAACUGACUUUCACUGUUCCCCUAAUCCAAGCGAGUACAGCGUGUAUCAAAAGAUUGCAGCAAUCAUGGCGCGCAUUGCGUACGUUGACGACACCUUCCACAAGUUCCCACCCAGCAUCCUCACGCUGGCCAUAUACGGCGUCGUCAGGCGCCUGGCGGUGCACAACGAAGUGGUGGAGGACGAAAAUGCCUGGCUACUCGUGGACGAAAGUGAUUCUGAGAUACGAAGGUGUUCGAGUCUGCUCAUAAACACGCUGAUCCAGUACGUCAACACUGACAUCCUGGACGUGCUAACGCAACCGGUGUACAUGAAGCACCAUUCUGACGAGUUGUUCGGUAAUCUGUUUGAGGAUCUGUGUGAUCUCGAUGCGGGACAUCUCAGAAAGUUUGCCAGCACUUUAAUGUCACUAACGUGA